AUGCGCCGUGCAAAUUUGGAGGCAACCACAAGCUACUGGUACUUGGGCUACUCGCUGGACGCGAGCAAGGUGCGCGGCCAGGAGGCCUCCUCCGUCUUCAUGGCCGUCGUCGCCAACCCGGACGGGCUGCAGGCGGCGCUGGACUUCUUCAAGAACACGGACUACGACGUCCUCGACAAGGCGCGCGUAGGAGGAGAUGCUAUCUGGCGGGGAAAUGGCAGAAUGAGAGGAAGGGAAGCGGGAAAGCCUGACUUGAGCUUGCUUAAUCCGCGUGGAUUCGCGGACCCCAGCAGUGGAAGGCAGAUGCACUCCUAA